AAAGAUGGAAAAAAGAAUCAGGGAGCUUUCUUCAAUGAAGAAACAAGGCUGUGAGAUUGAAGCAGUUGGUAUCAACUACGAGAUUUAUAGAAAAAAGAGAGAAAACCCUUCUCAAAUCUUCAACAAAAACCAGCAGCAAGAAGUUGAUCAAGAACUACAACAACAGCCAUCAACGAAGUUUGAAGAACCAUGCCCUGGAAUCCGACUUGUCCUAAAAGAUGUAAACUGCAAAGCAAAACCAUGGGAAAUCCUCGCCAUUGUUGGUCCAAGUGGAGCAGGAAAAUCUUCCUUACUUGAGAUCCUAGCUGGGAAACUCACCCCGCAAAGUGGUUCCAUUUUCGUCAACCAAAGCCCGGUUGAUAAAGCUCAGUUCAAGAAAAUCUCUGGCUAUGUCGCCCAAAAGGACAACCUCUUUCCCCUCCUAACAGUUGAAGAAACCCUCAUGUUCAGUGCCAAGUUACGUUUAGGACUUCCUCAAGCUCAACUGAGCUCUAGGGUCAGGUCCUUGAUCCAGGAACUUGGACUGGAGGACGUAGCCAUGACUCGAGUUGGUGAUGAUAGGAUCCGUGGUAUAUCUGGUGGAGAAAGGCGCCGGGUUUCUAUUGGUGUAGAUGUGAUUCAUGAUCCCAAAGUGUUAAUUCUUGAUGAACCAACUUCAAGUCUUGAUAGCAGAUCUGCACUACAAAUUAUUGACAUGCUGAAGGUAAUGGCUGAAACCAGGGGAAGGACAAUAAUUCUAAGCAUUCACCAGCCUGGUUUUCCCAUUGUGAAGUUAUUCAGUUCGAUACUUUUACUGAAUAAUGGCUCCGUUUUGCAUCAAGGCACGGUGGAUCAGCUUGGUGCAAAUUUGAGGGAAAUUGGAUUGCAGCUUCCUCUUCAUGUCAAUAUUGUCGAAUUUGCUAUUGAGUCUAUUGAAGCUAUUCAACAACAGCGAAAGGGACAGCAACAAGUGCAAGAACAGUUUUUUUCUGUGCCGUCACAACAAAGGAAAGGCGGAGACUGUGAGAGCAGAAGUGGCAAGUUUACCCUUCAACAGCUAUUUCAGCAAUCCAAGGUUGUUGACGAAGAAACUGUCAAUGUUGGGAUUGAUUUUCCAAGAGAUUUCGCGAAUUCAAGAUUGCAGGAAACCAUGAUUCUCACCCAUAGGUUCUCGAAAAACAUAUUCAGGACCAAGGAGCUCUUUGCAUGCAGGACAAUUCAAAUGCUGAUUUCUGGGCUUGUUUUAGGCUCCAUCUUUCAUAAUGUCAAAGAUGAUCUUACUGGAGCAAAGGAAAAAGUAGGUCUGUUUGCAUUUAUAUUGACAUUCUUGCUAUCUAGCACCACAGAAGCACUGCCAAUCUUUUUGCAAGAAAGGGAGAUUCUAAUGAAGGAAACCUCAUGUGGAAGCUACAGAGUUUCGUCAUAUGCCAUAGCUAACGGGCUUGUUUAUCUACCCUUCCUACUCAUCCUAGCCAUUUUAUUCUCAAUUCCAUUAUACUGGCUGGUGGGACUAAAUCCGAAUUUCAUGGCAUUCAUGCACUUCCUGCUGUUGAUUUGGUUGAUUCUCUAUACUGCAAAUUCAGUUGUGGUGUGUUUCAGUGCUCUUGUGCCUACUUUCAUUGUUGGAAAUUCAGUGAUAUCCGGUGUGAUGGGGUCCUUCUUUCUGUUCUCCGGAUACUUCAUAUCAAAACAUGGGAUUCCAAAUUAUUGGAUUUUCAUGCAUUACAUAUCCCUGUUUAAGUAUCCAUUUGAAGGGUUUCUGAUAAAUGAGUUCUCAAACUCAGAGAAGUGCUUGGAGUACAUGUUUGGAAGUUGCUUGGUGAGCGGAGAGGCAGUACUAAGAGAAGAAGGGUACGGGGAAGAGAGCAGGUGGAGGAAUGUGGUGAUAAUGGUGUGCUUCAUCUUGGUUUACAGGUUCGUUUCUUAUGUCAUUCUUAGAUGUAGAUGUUCGCAGAGGAGUCUCAGGGCAGCACUUGCUUGAACAGUCCUCUCUCUCUCUCUCACGUGUAUGUCAACAAGAUGGUUCACAUGAUUUUGGAAUUACAUAAUUAAGAG